AGAAGCAGCCGGUUUGAGGACGCCUAUAGAAAGCGCGCGAGCCUGCCGCACCCCGCGCGCUCCUCCUGUGCGGACUGAUACAUGUCACAGCCACUCUUGAACACCGGAAGCAUAAAGAAGUCCCAGCUCAGGUGAAGGAGGAGGACUUUUGCUGCGACUUUCUUUUUAAGGAAAACUUUGAGUGAAUCUCCAUAGAAGAUUCACAGAAGAAGGGCCGUGCUUUUCUUUUCUUUGUAAAUUUCUCGUCUUGCUCGGUUAGUCUUUGCUCUGAAACUAAGGGCUCAGGUGUGAGAGUUGCACCGGAUAUUUGCCUUCGUUCCUCUGAACAGGCUUUAAGGAGGACGACUGAAAACGUGGAUGCGCAGCAGCAGAUGGCUAAUGCAGAACAUCCUACAGUCCUGAUCUGUUGACGUGAUGAGGUGCAUGUUUCUGCUCCGUCAAAGAGGGCCAGUCUCCGUACCACCCUAAUCUUGCCCUGCUGCCCCAAAGCCUCCAUCUUCUCUGUCCUCUUCUGCUCCUCCUUGAUCCAGCAGCCACCAGAGACGUUAGCUUGAUGAACCAAACAAUGGAGGUGUGCGCCGCAAACCGCACCGUCAAAUUUUACUAUGAACAUAGUGGCAAGAACAUUAGUGACCACUGGCGCAAACGUGACUAUGUGGUUGUUACCCUGGGCUUGACGGUUUGCAUCAUUGUUAUCCUUUCCAACCUACUGGUUAUGGGAGCCAUCUUUAAAAACCGCCGUUUUCAUUUUCCCAUCUACUACCUGCUGGCAAAUCUGGCUUUGGCUGACUUUUUUUCAGGUAUCUCAUACCUCCACUUGAUGUUUCACACCGGGCCCUGGACCAUUAAGCUGUCCGUUCAGCAGUGGUUUGUGCGGCAGGGGUUGAUUGACACCAGCCUCACAGCCUCGGUCCUCAACCUUCUGGCGGUGGCUGUGGAGCGCCACCAAACCAUCUUUAAAAUGCAGCUGCACAGUGAGAUGAGCACCCGUCGGAUUUUUGUCAUCAUCGUGUUCAUCUGGUUAGUGGCCAUCAUCCUGGGCCUGAUUCCUUCAAUGGGCUGGCACUGCCUGUGCGACUUAGAACAGUGCUCUACCAUGGCGCCGAUGUACAGCCGCAGAUACCUAGUGUUCUGGGCCAUUCUCAACUUGCUGACCUUCACCAUAAUGGUGGUGGUCUACAUCCGGAUCUUUCUCUAUGUGAGGCACAAGAGCAAGCAGAUGUCACAGCACACAAGGGAAGUCCGUCACAAAGAGACUGUGGUUAGUCUGAUGAAGACCGUCUCCAUGAUCUUAGGCUUUUUUGUGAUCUGCUGGACACCCGGGCUCGUGGUGCUGCUGCUGGAUGGCCUGGACUGCGAGAAGUGCAACGUGCUCCGCUACGAGAAAUACUGCCUGGUUCUAGCUGAGUGCAACUCCUUCGUCAACGCCAUCAUCUACUCCUUCAGGGACAAAGACAUGAGGAAAACCUUCAAGGAGAUCCUGUGCUGCAUGUCCAAUCGAAGCGGCAAUCAAGGCGGCACCUCCGAGGUUUACUUUAACAACACAGAGCAUGAGGUACUGUCUGAGAGCAAUGGCGUAGUUGGGAGCAGGCGGAAGCUAAACAACCACUUCCACUAAGUAUCAGUUCACUGAAAUCACAUUGAUGGGACAGGAUCUGAAAACUAAUGAGGUGGUUUCACAACUUCUGGAAAGGCAGCUCGACUUUUCUCAUUGCUUUCCCACCACAGUGUCAGAUGUGUGAACAUUUAUUGGAACAGAAAAUCUUUCAAACAAGUUAUAUGAAUAGAAUAUUAAUGAUACGAUUUAUAGAAUGUAAUCAAUGUAUUUUAAAGCUUGGUGUGUGUUAAUAUUUGAAUUAUAAACCUUAUAAAGGGUCAUUGGUCUAAAUGCUUUAGAGCAUCAAAGUAUCUAGAUCUGCAGAGUUCAAAAAUCAAAUGAGUUACUGUAUUUUCCGCUCCAUAGGGCUCACCGGAUUAUAAAUUGCACCGUUAAUGAAUGGUAUAUAUACAUACAUGCAUACAUAUAAACAUAAACACACACACGCAUAUAUAUGUAUAAAUGUAUAUAUACACACACACACACACACACACACACACACACCCAUACAUAUAUACAUAUAUAUACAUACAUACUUAAGGCGCACCAAACUAAAAAGGCUCAUUUAAUGAGAUAGGUCAGAGGUAAGUUUGUCAGUCGGUCAGACUUUAUAAAUUGCGAUCACAGUAACUAAAACUUGUUUGUAAUACGCUACAUGUUUGCUACGUUACAGACAUUAUCCUCGUUAGCAUUUUCCCAAUACUUGUAACUCCUAACUCUGUUAGCAACACAUAAAAAAACACACUAUCCUAUCUUACACUGCUACACGUUAGCCGUGUUGGCGUAUUCACAAAAACGCCCUAACUUGUUUUGAACUUGUAAAAAAUACAAACUGACAUUUUGACAGAGUGUCUUGUAUCUCAUCAGUAAACCCAACCAGAACUAAUCCAUUUAUAUGAGGCUCUGGAUUAUAAAGCGCACUGUCGUUUUUGUUUUGUUUUCUCACCUUGUAGUGCGGAAAAUACAUUAGGUAUAAAAGCCACAUUUUUGUGUCUUAAAUCAUUAAAAAAAACACCACAGAAUUAGUUGAUGGCUAUUUUACCAAAUAACUUAAAAUUAAGCGUGCUUUCACUCAAUGGCUCUUUGAAUGGCUUUGUGAUGCCCCAAAAUUCGACUCUAAUUUGCUCUGGUCUGCUUUUACAGCACACUAGUGAGAGUGGACCUAACUGUCUUGAAACAUUUUUAUAUUUAGCUGCUCAUUUUGCAGCAUUAAUGCAUUGAAAAGCUCUGACAGGAAAACAUUAAAGAAGGAAGUCCGUUUUAUUUUAGUCUAUGUAGAACUUUUACCAUUAAGACAGUUGGGUAUCAUUUUAUCAAUCUUUGUUUUUACUUGUGCUAAGCAGCUUUUUUUGUUCUAUUUCAGAUUAAAAUGCAGGGCACUUAAAUUAACCUCUGGUUAUCUUCUGCUCUUAAGUCUGUUAACUAGUCCGUUUCUAUUCACGCUGUUGCUUGAACGACACCAUAGUCUGUACAUGACCCUUCAGAUGCCCCACAUUUUAUUUGUUCAGAUUUGACCAGAGUUCAGAUGCAAAUACAAACCAACAGCAGUGUCAAAGCGCCUUUAAUUGACACUAUAAAACGGUUUGACCUGUGAGUACAUUUUGUAGAAUUUGCAAAGCUGAAUAUUUACUGCCAUAAGUUUUAGUGAACAGUUCCUUCAUCGUUCCAAGUAUCUUUCACAGUUAAAUUGCCAAAAAAUACUGGAAGCAUCAAUGAGUUUGUGUCAGCAGAGGUUUUUAUUAGCGUACCUACUCAAUCGCUUCCUUUCUGUUAGUUAUUGCUUAUAGAAAAAAAAAAAAAAAAAAACUCCCUACAUGACAGAUGAUAGUUUCACAGUGGAAGUUGGUAUUUUCAUUUAAAAAAAAAGGUGACAUGUGUGCAUAAAUCCAUUCUUCUACUUUAGUUGUACAUUUGCCACCUUCUGCAUUUAUUGUUUUUUGGAAUGCAUUCUUUGCACCUGUUGGUGUUUUUUAAACAUUUGUUCAUCUUAGGAAAAGCAGAUAUCAUAAGCUUUGCUCCAUUGAAAUUAAGACAUGACUGAGCUCGGUAUGAGAUCAGCACCACUCCAUUUUAACGGUGCAAACUGUGCUUUAGCACUAGCCUUAUUGGAUGUCUGCUCUUUACUGUCUUUUUGUUGUGCUUUUGCUGUCUGGUUUUAAGACUGCACUGAGGAGGUGGUGGGGGGGGGGGGGUAAAUGAUGUGGUUGUAAAUGUACAGACGUGUGUAUACCUAGCACAGCACACUGUGGUUUGAGAAUCUGUCAAUCAAAACCAACUGUUCACUUUCAGUCCCAGCAUUUCCUUUACUGUAAAAAUUCUGAGACCUGUAUUUUUGCAAAAAAGUCCGUUCAGUGGCUCUUUUACCAUUUCAAUGUUCGAAGCUUUCGUACAGUGCAGCCAGCCUUUUUUGCCUCUGUAAGCACAGAAUUUAGAUUCUUUCAUUUCAAGAUUUUGCCGCCCAACAAAGCGUACACACGUCAUGAAGUGAACAUCCCAAACAAGUGUGCGAUCAUGAAGACUGUGUGUGAGCAGCUACAAAAGGUUGUGACUGGUUCUUCCAAAACUUUGCAACCAUCCAACUCUAAACUUAUCCGAAAGCUCUCAUCCCACCGUUGUCAUUCAAAAUGGACUUUAUUCUGACAGCUCUACUUCCUGAGCAUUUUGUUGAGCUUGCAUGCGUGCUGACAGCAGCUCGCUGCUCUCACACUCGCGUGCUCACAUAAACUCAUACAUGUGUAUGCUAAUAAAGCCAAGAUGACAAACUUCUCAUGCUGCAUAUUUUUUCUCAACAUCAUUGGGUGACCUUGAUCAAACUCCACUGGGCUCAUAAAAACAAGCCUUCAAUGACCCUCGCGCUGUAAACAAGCCACUUUAUUUAGAAAAGAAAAAAAAAAAAAUUGGAAUUACCCAAAUUCCUGAAAUCAUUUGGUUGCCUGAUGCGUUUUGAUACAUUUCUGCAUCCUCAGUGCAGUCUGUGUGUGUUGGAUUUGUCCCCGUCUUUGCUGAACAGUGUUAAAUCAGUCCAGAUGUGUGCUGGCGCUUUAAUCAGGCGGAGCUUUUACCACAUUUCCUCUAAUUUGCUGCUCUAGCACAAGCAUGUGCCGAAAAUCACAAACACUCGCCGGAAGUGCAGUCACAAGCUACAUGUGUGUGUGUUUGGGGGAGCAUUUCUGAAUCACAGCUGUGAUGCAUAGAAAACAUGUUUUUCUAUGAAUUGAAUGUUUUGGCUUUGAGAAUGAGGCUUGGAGAGGGCAGGAAUGCAGGCUUGUGUGCUUUACUGUGGUUUGGAGUCAAAGUUUUCAAGAAAGAAGACACAAAAUCGAUUGUAAAAGUAAAUUCAAAUCAAAAAUUUAGGAAGAUAAAUGUACAUUUCAGUCUAAUCGUAUGUGCUUGAAUUUUAAAAAUUGAGAAUGUUUUAUUUUUUUAUAUUUUGUGUUUUAGGGAAAUUAGAAUGAUCUGUGGUGCAUUUUUGUACAUAACCUGUUUUCUUCCAAAAAAAUAAAUAAUAAAAGCACAAUAUGACUACA